GAGGAUUUUCUGCUGGUGGAAGAUGCGCUUCUGCUGGAAGAGAUGGCUGAGGAGGAUGAUGAACUCGACCUGUACAACGAGAUGACUUUUGGGUUAGACCGAGACUCCACAGAGGAGGGUGUCCCAAAAGUCCUGGUGGUUCCGGACAUAAGCCCUGAGGUGGCCAAAGCACUGGUAAAAGCAACUGGAAGAACAGCUGAGCAGCUGGAGGAGCUGGCCGAGAAGGAAGGUGGGAUAGAGCCGGAGGUGGAGCAGGUUAACUCUCAGUUGGAGGAAGAGCUGGGGACUGAGGAACAGGAGGAUAAUCAGGAGUGCUUUGAGGAGCCUAGUGAACUGGGAGACCCAGCAGUGAUGAGAGCUGUGCGGAGCAAACCCACGCUGGAGAGCCAGGACUCAGCAGUGCUGGACAGCAGGAUUGGUACUUGGGGAGAGUUUGGCAAGGAGGACAUGCCGACAAUGGAUCCCACGGCAUGGGGCUCUUGCCCUGCGGGUGCCCCACGCCACCUCAUGCUGGAGGAUAAAGCCAUCCUCCAGGUCCUGGAGAGACCUCCACCAUCUCCCAACAUGGCCCUCGACUUCCAUGGCCCUCCUGCACAGAGGGCCUAUGGGAGCUCUCCCAAGCUCAAGUGCCCUGACUUAAGACUGAUGUCCCCCAAGCCUUUCCCCCAGUGCUUUCUCCAGCAGGCACCCCUGAUGUCUCCUCGCUCCCCAUGCUCUCCUCAACCCUUCUCACCAGCUUGCAGACCCCCUCAGCUCUUCACUCCCAACCAGACAGCAGGUUAUGCACCUCCAACUCCUUUCCAGCCUGGGUCCCCCACUGUGGGCAGCCCACCAGGACCCCUGGGCAUGCACUUCAGCCCCAUGUCCUCUUCUUUGGACCCUGCUCUCCUCUUCAGCCCCUCAGCCAUGGGCCAGCUGAACUUCAGCACACCCAGCCACAUGACCCAGCUACACCCCCAGCACCAGCGCAUCCUGAUGCAGCAGCAAGGCAGGCAGGCACAGAGUGUCUCCCCCAAGAAGCUGUGGUCUCGUAAAGCGGACCCUUAUGCUGGGCUGAUGACUUCCAAGGAGAAGGACUGGGUUGUCAAGGUGCAGAUGAUGCAGCUGCAGAGUGAGAAUAUGGAUGAUGACUACUACUACCAGACCUACUACCACCAGCUGGAGCGCAAACAGGCAGAGGAGGAGCUGCUGGGCAGGCGUAACAAACCCCCCAAGCUGGUCACGCCGUUCAUCCAAAAAGUGGAGACCUACGACUCUGUGGUUCGCAUCGCUGGGUCACUGGGCCAGGUGACGGUGUCCACCUGCUACAGCCCUCGCCGGGCCAUUGAUGCUGUGCACCAUGCCUUCGUGGAGGAGGAGGCCUCAGGGACACACCGGUUACGGGCGCUGCACAGGAUUGAGAAGCUCUUCCUGCAGCUGCUGGAAGUGGAGGAGGUUCAACAGAAAAAGUCCCUGGCCCUGAGGGAGCAACAGCCCCACAGACAGGAGGAGAAGAGCCAAAAAGUAGAGAGUAUCUACCAAGCCUUGAAAAUCAGGGCUUGCAGCAGUGAAGAGGAGGCAGAAGAUGAAUUCCUGCAACUGCUGUGUGUGCGGAAGGGCAAGAAGCUCAUGGCCCGGCUGCUGCCCCACCUGAUUGGAGAGCAAAGGGAGAAGAUCCUGCUGACCAUCACCUACCACCUGCCCUUUCUCAUGAAGAAGGACAUGCUGGAUGAGUCUCUCCCCCUGCUCUACAGCCCAUUGAAUGAAGUGGUGGGUGAGAUGACCUUCAGCAAACUCAUUGAGGUCCUACAGGAGCUCACCCGGCCUCUGCCCGAGUCUUCAGAGCUCCCUCUCACCAUGGCCUUGAAGAACCAGUUUGGCAUCUCCUUGCUCUAUUCCCUGCUGAGCCAUGGAGAGAGGCUGCUGUCCUCACGUGUGCCACUGAAGCCGUGCAGAGGGGACUUCGAGGCAUGGACGGACACAGUGUACCUGAUGUCCCAGGAGCUGUCACGCCUGCCUACAGCCUCACUGGCAGAGCCUCUCUUCUUGCCCAGCAACCUUGUCUUGCUCUUCUGCCGUUACCUAGACAAGCAGACUGUGUAUCACCUGGCAGCCAAGAUGGCUGAAUGCUCCCCGCUGCCCACGGAGGCUGACAUGUUCUGCUGAGCCUUGGGGCUGGGGCCCAGAGCCAGCGGUGCCGGGAACGGGCAGGGCCCGACGCCGUGGCUCUGGAAGUGAACACUUACCCUGGUGCAGGGCACUCUGGGUGACAUGGGCACUGGCAGGGCUGGCACUGAGGGGCUGGUGCCACCCUGUUCUGCUGCCUAGGAGCACGGGGAUAUGUGGGUGGGUGUAACUUAUUUUGGC